AUGAACAACGUUCUUAUCAAACGAUAUAUCACCAGAUCUUCAGCUUCCUACCUCCCUCGACUAACCCGAGCCUCAGUGCAAACAAAGACCGAGCCUCAGAACGAAGGGGAAGUUGGGCUGAAUGUCGGCGCCUCAUUCCCGGAUGACUUCGAGGACUCUCCUUUGAAGUCUGAGAUCCUCAAGCGCAGAAAUAAAAAUCCAGGCGUGGAGGAGUCUUAUCAUCCAACAAUGGAAGAGAUUUAUGAUAGCGUCCGAGGGAAGAUGCCCAUUGGCAAGAACAAAAAAGCCAAGCCUGCUCCCAAAGAUCCGGAUCGGGAGCCUGAACUGGAUGAGAUGUGA